AUAAAGCUGAAUCACCAAACUUGAACUAACUAAUAGUUUAGUUUGGGUUUUAAACUUUUUGAGUGAGAGAGAUAGAUAGAGAAGACAGCAUUGGCACAGUCUCUCUUUACUUCGUAUAUCUGAUUCAACUGUUGAGUUGGAAUUUCUAGUUAUUUCUUUAUUAUUUUUCGAUAUUUUCAGGUUCGAAAUUUCCCCCCAUUUUAACGAUGCCAAAAGAGAAGACCUCCAUAGAUUACGUUAUGGAGAAGGCAUCGGGGCCUCAUUUCUCUGGCCUCCGUAGCCCAACCGCCACCGCCACCUCCACGGCAUUUUCUGACGCCAAUGCUCCUCGUCAGCCCUUCGUCAUCGGGGUAUCAGGAGGUACUGCUUCUGGUAAGACGACAGUCUGCGAUAUGAUUAUCCAACAGCUUCACGAUCACCGUGUUGUUCUUGUCAAUCAGGAUUCAUUUUACCGUGGUUUAACUACUGAAGAGUUAAAACGCGUGCACGAGUAUAAUUUUGAUCAUCCUGAUGCUUUUGAUACCGAGCAGCUUCUGGAUUGUAUUGAGAAGCUCAAAGAUGGUCAAUCUGUUCAGGUCCCAAUCUAUGAUUUUAAACGUCAUCAACGAUCUUCAAAUAGUUUUCGACAGGUGAAUGCUUCUGAUGUCAUAAUUUUGGAAGGAAUUCUUGUUUUCCAUGACCAGUGUGUUAGGAACCUUAUGAAUAUGAAGAUCUUUGUUGACACAGAUGCUGAUGUGAGGCUUGCUCGCAGAAUAAGACGAGACACAGUUGAGAGGGGUAGGGAUGUAAGCUCUGUUCUUGAACAAUACGCAAAGUUUGUCAAGCCUGCAUUUGAUGGUUUUGUUCUGCCAUCAAAGAAGUAUGCUGAUGUCAUCAUCCCCCGAGGAGGUGAAAAUCAUGUUGCCAUUGAUUUGAUUGUGCAACAUCUCCGCACUAAGCUUGGUCAGCAUGAUCUCUGCAAAAUAUAUCCCAAUGCAUAUGUAAUUCAGUCAACAUUUAAGAUUAGAGGAAUGCAUACUCUGAUUAGAGACCAGGAGAUUUCUAAGCAUGACUUUGUCUUUUAUUCAGAUCGGCUUAUUCGUCUGGUGGUGGAGCAUGGUCUUGGGCAUUUGCCAUUCACUGAGAAGCAAGUAAUAACACCUACAGCAUCCGUAUACACUGGGGUUGACUUUUGCAAAAAGUUGUGUGGUGUUUCCAUUGUUCGAAGUGGUGAAAGCAUGGAAAAUGCCUUGCGUGCAUGUUGCAAAGGAAUAAAAAUUGGAAAAAUUCUGAUUCACCGUGAUGGAGAUAAUGGAAAACAUCUUAUAUAUGAAAAGCUUCCUAAGGAUAUUUCAGAACGGCAUGUCCUCCUUCUGGAUCCUGUUCUUGCUACAGGGAACUCUGCCAACCAUGCCAUUGAACUACUCAUACAGAAAGGAGUUCCAGAAUCGCACAUUAUAUUCCUGAACCUCAUCUCUGCACCUGAAGGAAUCCAUUGUGUUUGCAAACGGUUCCCAUCCUUGAAAAUUGUCACUUCGGAAAUUGACGUUGCACUAAACGGGGAGUUCCGUGUCAUACCUGGUAUGGUUGAGUUUGGAGAUCGAUAUUUUGGUACCGAUGAUUGAUCAACUAUAGUUGGAAAGUUGCAACUAUAACCAGUAUCAAAUGGACCAGUAGCUAGAAACGGUGAUAUCCUCAACUACAUAUACGCCUGAUCAGCCAACUGAUUAAAUGCAAAUUGAUGUAAGACAAUUCCUGCUGAUUGUUCUAUGCCUCUUGUUAAAUUUGAUGGGGCAUGGCAUAAUGAUAAUCAAAGGUGUUGCUGUGAUUUUCUUGAA